AUGGAGCAACUAAGAGGCCCCAUUGUUGAAGAUGGAGAUCAAUGGAGCUCUCUCAAUGGAGUUUUCACAGCUGAUGAAGAAGCUGCAACAUUCAUGGCUCAACUUUUCAACUCCACAGCUCCUGACCCUUUCAUGGCUGCCCUUGAUCUUCAUAAUAAUUAUUGCAACCCCAUGAACUUUUGCUUGGGAGAGCUUGGAAAUGAUCACAAUGGUGGUUUCAAUCUUGAAGAGGAGGACUACAAUUUGCAGGCUUGUUAUGAAGCUGAGUUCAUGAAAUUACCUGAAGAAGAAGCUGCCAUGGAACAAAAGAGGCAUACCCAACUUGAGAUCAAUUGCAAGAAACGAUCGAGGGGAUCUCGCGAUGUAAGUGUAGAGAAGUGGAAUGAAAGGUCAAAGAAAACUCAGAAGCUUACCUCAAGCAACAACACUGAAGAAGAUGGAAAUGCUGUUCAUAGCAAGCAAAGCACAAGCAGCUAUUGCUCGGAAGACGAAUCCAACGCCUCGUUCGAGCUGAAUAACUCGAGAUCAAAUCCGAAAGAGACGGCCAAAACCAGGGCUAGUAGAGGCUCAGCUACAGAUCCACAGAGCCUCUAUGCAAGGAGAAGAAGAGAAAGAAUCAAUGAGAGGUUGAAAAUCUUACAAAAUCUUGUCCCAAAUGGAACAAAGGUUGAUAUCAGCACAAUGCUUGAGGAAGCUGUUCAAUAUGUGAAGUUUCUACAACUUCAAAUCAAGCUAUUAAGCUCCGAUGAUUUAUGGAUGUACGCUCCGAUCGCCUACAACGGAAUGGAUAUCGGGCUUAAUCGAACCCCGAACACGUCGAAAGAAUUAUGA